AUGAUGGACUUUAAAGUGUCACCAUUGACAAAAAUUAUUUCUCUAUCAGGGUUCCUCGCAUUGGGGUUCCUUUUAGUCAUUCUAAGCUGUGCAUUAUUCCAUAACUACUACCCACUAUUUGAUAUUUUGAUCUUUUUACUAGCCCCAAUACCAAACACAAUUUUCAAUACAGGAAAUCAAUACCGCACAUCUGACUUCAUGUCCGAUUCAUCGAACACAGGCCAAGACCUGGCUCACUUCCUAACAGGAAUGCUGGUGACAAGCGGUGUGGCGCUCCCUGUUGUUUUCUACCAUUGCCAAUUGAUCGGUCAUCUGAGCUGUAUUAUGUGCAUGACCGGUGGUCUUAUCAUAUAUUCUAGUAUUGUUAUCUUUAAGUGGUUUUUUAAAAAAGAUUUUAACGAAGAUGAUUCCCUUUUUGGUUAA